UGUUUGCGUUUUAUUCGUGCAAAAAAGGCGUCCAGUUAUAAUAUAAACAGUGGGCGCUGAGGUUGUGUGGCAAGUCUGACCGAUUUAAUUACUUGGAGGAAAUUGUAAGUUUUGUAAAUGCUCCGUACAAGAACAACAGAAGGCUCCAGACACGAUGUUAUGUAUCCUACUAAUUUUAGUAGCGAUAUCCAGUUCUGCAACAACUCCAGUAAAUCCAGCUGAUGAUAUAGUUACUAAAUUUGAAAACAUAAAUGAUGGAUCGGGGAACUAUUAUUUCAGAUUUGAGACGAUAUACGGGUUGCGAAGGGAGGAGACUGGUGAGUUGGUGAAUGCAGGACAGCCUGACCAACAUAUCGAGGUUCACGGGGAGUACUCCUACGAAGAUCCCGAGGGCAAAUUACAUGUCAUCAAAUAUACUGCGGAUGAAAAUGGUUACCGAUUUGAAUCCAAGGACAAACCCUCACGACCAUACUUCGACCCAAGUCAAAUUGUAAAAUGUGCUGUAUUUAUCUGCAUUGGAUUAUUGAAUAUUUUACCAAGUUCAACCCAACAAUACACCGUUGAUCCAACCACGUUUUUGUAUGAUAAUCAAGGGAAUGGCGAAUAUAGAUUUAUAAUGAGGACGGCGGAUGGCACUGAGAGAGAAGAAAGUGGUAACUUUGAAGGUGAAGGAAACUACAUUGUAAAAGGAUAUUACUCAUACUAUGACCCUGCGGGGCAGAAGCAAUAUGUAUCAUACUAUGCAGACAAUACUGGAUACCAUCCUACUUUAAUGAAGAAGCCUUUACCUGGUGAUGUUCCCUAUUCCAGCCCACUUCCUCAAGCACUAGCGGCCACGCUUAUUGGUUGAAUACACUCAAGCACACCUCAAACUAAUUAUGUUAAUGCUUAUAAUACAAAAUAUGACUAAA